AUGGUGUUGGUGAAUGGAUGCGUCGGUACGGCGACGACGGCGACGCGGGGUGGGAUCAGGGCGUAUUACAUCAACGCCAGAGGCGCCGCCGAGCGCAGAUUAGCGAUGGAGGAUGGGUUUCGGGCGAUCGGGACGACGCUCGAGCGCGUGGCGGCGACGGAUGCCACGCGCGCGAGCGAGCUCGUCAGAAGGUUCGAGACGAGGACGUGCAAGCGCAAGGGGUGGGCGACGAGCGGGGACGAUGGCGUGGAGAAGUUUAGUGGGACGUACCUUGAGCGAUUGGGGAGGACUUUGUCGCACUUAUCGGCGAUCUACGAGGCGGCAGACGCCGGGGCGGAGACUGCGCUGGUGUUGGAGGACGACGCGUCGCCCGAGCUGAUGGCGACGUGGAUGAGCGGUCUGGAGGAGUACGUCUCAAGAUUACCGGAGGAUUGGACGUUGGUUCAACUCUCGGCGCUGGGAGAAUCUUCAGCGAUUAUGAAACUCUUCUACGACUGGCAAAGAGAGCGCAAGACUGCGCCUGGACGGUACCUUUCAUCGCUGCCGAAAGGCAUGAGACGUUUACACGGCACCCAGGCGUAUCUGAUAAGUAAGCGAGGAAUGGAUAGAUUAGUGAAGGCGUAUCGAGCGCCCGUUACGAAGGAGGUGGACGUGUGCUCGCUGACGUGCGUUGAAUUUGAUGAGUGCGUGCUAGCCGACGGCGUCAAACUGGACAACGGCUUUCGGGUCGCGACGCCACCGCUCUUCAUCCCUCACGGUCGUGACAAGGGACAGAAACAGGGCAACACGUUCCACGAAGUGCGAGAUAUGAUGUACAGCUGGGCCGCCACGCUGUCUUUGACGAAAGGAAUGUCGGCAAACAUGUUCAUGGAUGGUAAGUUGAUUCGAGCGGUGUUGCGCGAAGGCGUGAAAGUUCCGGAUAAAUUGACUCCGAACUCGUUCCACGAGCAUUUUAACUACCACUGUAAGCUUAAUCACGGUGGUGGUGCGAGAUGCGCGAUCAAGAGGAGCUACUUGAAGAAUCAAAAACCACCACCGACUUUCCACGCCAAGGAGGAGGAUUCAGACGUGGAAGCGGGGGAAACAGCUAGCAGCGGGGUCGAGUCGUCGCUCGGUAGCGUCGCAAUCCCUCGCCAAAGUUUAUCACUGGACGGUUCUUCAUCUCGUCGAACUGCCUUGUUGUCUCCGGCGUUGUUAUCGGUGUACAUCUUCGCCGCCGUCGCGCUCGGCAUGCUCGUCGCAACCAACAGCGCGCGCGUCAAAAACGCGUCUCUAGAGGAGCUUCGGUCCAUCCGAUCGACAACGAUCGACGCGCAAACUGAAGAGUACUAUUCUUAA